CCUGACUCCACCUCUGGCUCUCGCAUGGGGAGCUCACAAAGCUCAGCUCCCCCCUCCAACCUCGGAUUGACCAUGGGCUUGCAGGCAUUGGCCCAGCCUAUGCCGAUCACCCUGGCAGGGUCACAGGAGUCAGCUGGGCAGGCUGCACCUCCCAUUGCUGCUCCUGCACUGGCCCAGGAGAACUACGUCCACCUGAUCGGUGUCAGCAACAUCCCCCAGAACCUUGUCGCGUGCUCCCCCCCUCUUGCUGAUCGUCCCCCUCCCAUUGUCGAAGCUACGGUGGAUCGCGAGCUUCGCUCGGAUGAGGAUAUGGACAAUGCAACCAUCCAGCACUAUGCCACCAACCUGACCAUGAUGCUGGGGACAUUGGCACAGCCUGCCCCGCAGCUAUUCCAACCGGGAGGCUGGGGACCCAUCCCGUCGUUCAUGCUGAUAAGCCAGGUCACGGCUUUCGGCCAAGGCCUGAACAUCCGUGGCUGUGUCACUCACAUGGAUGUCUCUGAGGGCAAGAAGAUCGACCUUGUCUUGCACGACGUGACGGGCGAGAUCGACAUGAUCAUCCGCCGGAAGGUCAUGCACCAUGCUGAGGGUGUGGUGCAGGUCAGAUCUAUUGCCGGUCCUUCCACCCUGCCCAGCUCGACUACAGCGAGUAUAAUGCCUCAAUCGUUCCCGCUGUGCCCGACAACUCUAUCCCACGUCUUCACUUCAACAUGAAGAAAAUCAUCCAGCUCCCCUCAAUUCCUGACUGCAAGCCGCUCAACCUUGCCUGUGUUAUUGCCAAUACCAGCAAUGUCAUGCAUGGUAAGGCGAAGGUGCAGCCUAGCUUUAACUAUGCCCAGGGUGCACCUACCACCCGUAUCGAUAUGUUCAUGGUCAACAACACAAACCGCGCUAUCUGUCUGGUCGCCUUCAAUAACUUCUGGCCGAUGCUCGAACGAAGCAAUGGGCGUAUUGCCCUUUUCAAGAACGUGAUGAUCGAUAUCUCCCAUGGCGACUUCUCCAUCAAGACCGACCCUCGCCACACCCUCAUCCUGUGGCAUGAAGAGGUCCCCGGGUACCCUGAGCUGGAGAGUUGGUGGGAGAUCGCCCGAGACAAUCCUGGCACCUACUCAGCACAAUUGCGAGCAUGGACGGUGUGCACAGCCUGAUCAGCACCGGCCUCAAUGCCUCCAUCAAGAUGUACACCAUCGCCAAGGUGUACGCCGAGGGGCUCAACGCCCAGCCCCGUGCCCAAACCUUCUGCAUUGAGGGGACCAUCGUCAUCGACAAGGCGAAUUCAGUCACGUACUUAGGCUGUGCCAUGCCCCACUGUAACCGGAAGGUGCACGACAGCGACAUUGGCACGAACAUGCACUACUUGUGCCCCACAUGCAAGCAGUCCUUCAUGAUGCCAAUGCCCAAGUACUGCAUCUGUUUCCAGAUUGUCUCCGGCAAUGAUCACAAGUGGGCAACUGCCUUCAACACCGCCUCGACCGCCCUCCUUGGUGUUCCCGUGGCCACCAUGAUGGACAUCUUCGCCGACAAUAACAUGUACAAGCCCGUUCAUUCCUACAACCUCCAGCAGGCCAUGUAUGGCAAGUACUUGAUGACAAUCCAGGGCUCAACGUGCAACACCAGUUUCUGGAAAGGCCACCGCUCCUGGAUUGUCACCGAGUUCCUCAAGGUUGGGCACUCACACGACAAUGUACGUGAGGAAGAAGAGCAGGACGAGGGACCAGACGUCGAGGAGGGCGGUGAGGAUGAGGUGAUGGCGUAGUGCAGCCUGGACAGGUUGGAAUCACAGAUAGGAAUGGAUAAGCACAGCCUGUAAGGCUGCACCAAGUUAAAGUUUAACUCAAUUUUAUUGUUGUG